UCAUACGUAUAUCGCCAAUUUCAUGGUUCCAUAGGAAAAGAGAAUAGCAUCUUUUUAUUUGUGGUAUCCUCGAAUUUCGAAAGCAAAUGAUGAUGAUACAGAGGCUCAGACACCGCGGUCUUACCAGUUUGAGCAGAAGAAGAGGCCUCUGCUCUCUCCCAGACACUGCCCUUCACGAUGACCGCGAUCACCAAGUAUCGGUUGAAGGCAAAGCUUGGUCCAGAACUGCUGUUCUCAACAGACCUUCAGUUUUCAAUGCUCUCACUACUGCAAUGGGGCUUAGAUUGCAGAAGCUGUACAGAAGUUGGGAGGAUAAUCCGGAUGUGGGUUUUAUUGCUUUGAAGGGCAGUGGCAAGGCAUUUUGUGCAGGUGGAGAUGUAGUAUCUCUCUACAAUUUGAUAAACCAAGGGAGAAUGGAGGAUUGUAAGGAGUUUUUUAGGGCAUUGUAUCCUUUUAUAUAUCUCCUCGGCACGUGUUUAAAGCCACAUGUGGCUAUCUUGAAUGGUGUUACCAUGGGUGGUGGUGCUGGUGUCUCAAUCCCUGGAACAUUCCGCAUUGCAACUGAUAAAACUAUUUUCGCUACCCCUGAAACUCUAAUUGGUUUCCAUCCAGAUGCGGGGGCAUCCUUUUACCUGUCACAUCUACCAGGUCAUUUGGGGGAGUUCCUGGCUCUUACAAGUGAAAAGCUUAAUGGACCUGAGAUGCUUGCUUGUGGGCUUGCAACACACUAUUUGCAUAGUUCAAGGAUUCCAUUAAUCGAAGAAGAACUUGGGAAGUUAGUCACAGAUGAUCCGUCUGUCAUUGAAUCUUGUUUAGAUAAAUAUGUGGAAAUUGUGCAUCCAGAUAAAUCAAGUGUACUUUACAGGAUUGAAUUACUUGAUGAGUGUUUCAGACAUGACACAGUUGAAGAAAUUAUAGAUGCCUUGGAAUGUGAGGCUGGUAGAACAAAGGAUCCAUGGUGCAUUUCAACUCUGAAGAGACUUAAAGAAGUGUCGCCAUUGAGCUUGAAGAUUUCCCUUAAAUCUAUAAGAGAAGGAAGAUAUCAGACCCUUGAUCAGUGCUUGGUCCGUGAAUACCGAAUGUCCCUACAAGCGAUUUUUAAGCAGAAUACUGGUGACUUUUGUGAGGGGGUUCGGGCACGACUUGUCGAAAAGGACUCAGCACCAAAGUGGGAUCCUUCAAGUGUUGAAAAAGUAACCAAAGACAUGGUGGAUCAAUAUUUCCUCCCACUUAGUGAGCUUGAGCCAGACUUAGAGCUACCAACGGAGUUGCGAGAAGCGUUUGUUUGAUAUCAAUAUAUUGUCCUCCAUAAAUUCGUGUUGGAGAUUCGGAAGUAAUUACAAGCAGCUGUCUAAGAUAUCCUUUCAUGUUAGGUGGGGAACUAACCCAAAUUGUCUUUUCGAGUUUGGGAGAAGUGCUGGACUGUUGGGAAGUUGAUCCUCACUUCUUACCUCUUUCACUCCGCAACCACAUUCAUAAGAAAUGGUGGAUGGCCAGGACUGACGAAAGAACAGUACCAUUGGUUUUGAAUUUUAUGUGCUUUAAAAAAAAAAAUUCCCAUCUCUCUAGUUUCAACUGCUAUUUUGCAUUUGCCAUUUGUAUUAAUAUCUUGUGCUCCAAUGUUUUCUUUAUAUACGCAUAAUAUCUCCAGCCUUCGGAACAUCUAUAUCUGUCUGACCAU